UCCAAGUCGUGUAUAUCCGAGAGCAAAAGACAGAGUAGUCAGGCAAACUGCUGUGCAUUCCAAUUGGAUAAAACGAAACGAAACACAAGCACUAAAACACACAAUCACAUGUUUGUGAAGCAUAUUCGAUUGUUGUGUUUGAUUUUUUUUUUCAUUAUUGUUUGUUCAACAAAAUUGCAUUGUUAUUAGAUAUUUACUUUCGCCAUAGAUGAAAAACAACACGAUUGUCGGUGUGUUCUAUUCGCAAAAUCAGUGGUUUUAGUGUGAAUGUUAUUAUUUAACAUUAUUAUUUAUGUUUUUGUUGCAUACAAAACUAUCGUUUGAUUUUUUGACGAACGUCCAAAAAGAGACGAAUGAAAACUAGAAAAUAGAGACAAAUACAACACAGAAGGAGUUACUAGCUGUCGAUAUCUAUUUCAUUAUUGUGUGUGACGAAAUUUUAGUUCGUUUCUUCUUCUUCCUCUGAUCAAACAGUAGACAGAUUUCCGUGUGUGAUUUUUUUUUUCUGUAGACGAGACAGGUGCAAAGUCAUAUCAAAUCGGCAUUUUCAUUCAGUGAUGCUGACAAAUUAAUUGUGAUUUAAAGUGACAGUUGAUUCUUUAAAUGGAAUUGGCCGAGUUCAAUUGAUAGUUUAUUCAAAGCGCAUAUGUUUGAAAGCGUCGACGAGGAAAAAAAAACAAAAAUACCACGUUAUUUUGGUACUACUUGUUUUUUUUCGGAUUGCAGUCCGAUUUAUAAACUUGAUUGGUGGAUGUGUGCGAUGUGCCCAUGAAGUAAGAACAUUCAAAGCGCUAAUAAAUGAAACAAGCGAAACGACCAACGAAAAAACAAACAAACACUCACACACUAAGCAUUGUGCAAAAGAUAGCGAGAAUAUCACAAUCGAGUGCGAACACAACUUAAUUCUCAGUUAUUGUGUAUUCGCUGUUGAAAAAGCAUUUUCGUUUCAUGUAGAAAAUCGUAUGUUUGCACAAAUGAAAAGCCGCGCGCUCAACGUGAAAUGUGCAAAUGAACAAGAGCCAAGCAGCAAGUAAAAGAAGGUGACCUCAGCAAAUAGACACCAUAAAAUCAACAUACCGAUCGAAAUAUUUUUUUUCAUAUAUCGACUUACACACGUAGAACGUGCGCUCACGGUGUGACGGUUGUUGUUGUUGUUGUUUUUUUUUUCUGAUCGGAUGGUUCAAGAAAGACAUCGAAGAAAUCAUACAAACACCAUAUACCAAUUCGAACGCUUACCAGCUUGAACGUUCGUUUGCUCACACGCUCGCUCGCUUGCUGACUCUCCCGCGCGCUCACGCACCGCAUCGGCCACCGACAAUUUCGACUAAAAUCAAAUAGUCAUCGAACAUCAAAUACAACGAACGGCCCCGGACACAAGUACCCUAGGUUCAGCAACAAUUGCAUUAUUCCCAUAACCAGCAAAACUACCGAAAAAUUCCCAUUCAUUCCAUUGUGCAGAUGUCAAUCAAAUUGAAUAUUUCGUGUGUUGUUUGAGAAAUUGCUGGGUUGUGUUUUUUUCUCUGUGUUUUUUUUCUUCUUUCUUUCGUUUGAAGUAAACGCUGAAGACAUUUCGAAGCCGGUUUGAUUUCGGUUGCUGUUUUUUUUUUUCAUUUCGUUUCGAGAGAAGUGGCCGUCAUCGAUACGAACGAGUUGUGUGUGUGUGAUUUAUGCAUUCAUCGGCAACAAAUUGUAAACAAUUCCAUUCAACAUGUACACCAAUUACAAUGAAUCGGGAUAUCAUUAUUUCAACAAUUCCUUCAUUAGUUAUAUCGGACAGUACAUUGAUUUGGAUUACUCGAUAUGGCUUUGGCGAGCGCUAACACCACUUAUCAUAACAUUCAUGCUACCGAUGGUAUUCGUUUUACUCAUUUAUCUGUCAUCAUGCUUCCUGUAUAUUUAUAAACUCCAUAGACGUGUCAUAUAUCAAGCGGUAAGCAGCGAUGAUAUCAACUAUUGGAAUGUGGCACGAAAGUGUGUGGCAGCAGUUUGGGAUGCACAUGCCUGGAUCUAUCACGGUUACGAAGUGACUGGAAUGGAAUAUUUGCCAAAAGAAGGACCAGCGUUGAUCGUUUACUACCAUGGCGCCAUUCCAAUCGAUAUGUACUACUUUGUGGCACGUGUAUGCAUGGAGCGUGAUCGUUUGAUACACACAGUGGCCGAUCGAUUUCUAUUCAAAUUACCGGGAUGGGGUAUCAUUUCCGAAGCGAUGAAAGUGUGCGCGGGCACGGUGCAAACGUGUUCAAAUACACUGAGAGAAGGUAAUCUGUUGGCCAUCUCACCGGGUGGUGUAUAUGAAGCACAAUUUGGCAACAAUAAUUACGAAUUACUGUGGAAGAAUCGUGUUGGUUUUGCCAAAGUGGCCAUCGAUGCAAAGGCACCAAUCAUUCCAAUGUUUACGGAAAAUUUGCGCGAAGGUUUUCGAUCGGUGAAUUUUAUGCAACGUUGGUUCAUUAAAUUGUAUAACAAAACCAAGUUUCCCAUGCGACCCAUUUACGGUGGAUUCCCAGUAAAAUUCCGAACGCAUUUGGGCCCACCCAUCGAAUACGAUCCAAAGCUAACACCCGAACAACUCCAAGAGAAGGUUGCACUCGCCAUCGAAGAUUUAAUUAGCAAACAUCAACGAAUACCUGGCAGCAUUUUACAUGCACUCGCCGAUCGGUUCUACAACCGGAAGAAAAAGACGAAAUGAUGAACGUGGCGACACGAUCGCCACAUAUUUAUUUAGACACUAAGAGAAUGCUAAUCUCUUUCUUUUGCUCAAUACACACAACCCAUUUCGCAUAUGGUGCCGCAUUUCGCAUAUGGUGCCGACAACGACGACGACGACGAGGAAAAUAAAAUUGAAUUAUUAUUAAUUUUUAAAUGACAAAUGUGCAAAACGAAAUUUCGUUUUUUUUUUGUAUCUAUUCCGUUAUAUUUGAAACAGUAGAUUGAAUUUUGUGUUUAUUCCAGUUUGUGUAUAGAAAUAUCUAUAGGAUAUGAAUUAUAUUUUUACAGCAUCUUUGCAAAUUUAGCGUACUUAUGUGACAGAGAUAAAUGGGAUGAAAUAUGUUUGCCGUUAAAAAUUGUUGAUUAGAAUCAUCAGAUUUCCUACGAGAAAAUUACAUGUUACCAAUAUCCAAGAUGUUUGUAUUACAGUUGACACACCCACAUGCCUAGAUUACUUUGAUAUAUUGUCAUUUUAACAUUUUUUUUUUUAAAUUUGGUUUCUUCCGGUUGAAUUUGGAAAAAUUCCAGUUUAAAUCAUCCAUUCUGCACGUUUCUCUUCCAAAAUCUAAAGAAAAAGCAUUCAAAAUACUUGAAAAGCCAUGAACGAAAUUAUUUUACAAAAAUACACAAACAAAUUAGGUAUAUUUUACUGUACACAGCAGGCUAGUUAGAAUAAUCAAGUGAAUGUGACCAUAUUUAAGAAAAAAGCUUGGAUUUUCUUUGUUCUACACAUUUUUUCUGUGUUAUUGUUGAUGAUGGUGCUGUUGUUGUCAGAAAACAGCUUAUGCCACGUGAAAAGAAAAAAAAAUGCAAGUAAAAUAAAGUUUUUGUAUUGAAUGGAGAAAAAGGAAGAAAGAAAUAAAACUGCCGGUUUUCUCAA